AUGCCGGCACCCCCUCCACCGCGUCCCCAGAAGCCUCCUCGCCCACGCGUCCCUCGUUCAGAUAGGCAUCUCAGCAGACACGACUCCUGGCCAACCACAACGUCUAUCAGGUAUCGCACCCCCGAUAGCGACCCUCCACCUUGCCGUCGUUCGGACUUCUCGGCUUUCUAUGUGAAUCUUUCCCUCCCGUCAAAAAUACGUGCCCCCGUCCUGAUCCAUGAGAACAUCCCUGACCUCGACUCGGGCCCUCUGCCUCCGUACCUGGUCCGAUCGCUGCACGAAUCCGGUAAUCCGCCCAUGCUAUCUUGCGCUGCGUCGUGGCUGUCCAACCUGGAUACCGCUCCUCCGACCAUCCCGUCGCCUUUGCCUCCCACUUCCAAUACCAGCCAUCGCCACUCGUCGAUCCGCCUCGAAAAUAAGGUGUUUCCCUACCGCGGUCUUGGUAUCGCGACGCCGUCGACGUCGCCCUUCUUCCAAUACAGCACUCGUGGUGCUCGUUGCGGCUUCCUCACUACGUACUUAUCGCAACUCCGCCACGGCCAGAUUGGCCAGAGAUCCGCACCGACGGUGGCGGGAAGCAGCGAGAGGCACCCAACGCUUACUGCCAACCCUGCGCUCCCACGGUGGCGGACUAGGAAACUUCUUGCGCGGUUUGCCCCGCUCUGUCGGGUCCAGUCCACCCCCCUCCUUCGAUUGGACGAGCAGCAGACCUUCGAAAGGACACGGUCAUUUGAGCAGUCGCAGUACGGUGCGUGCUCCUCUCGCUGCCCGUCUGAUCCCACCCCCUCCUCGCCGUUCAGCUCGUCCUACGCACCCCCGAGCGAGUCUGCCUGCUUCGCAGACGAGGCUCGCCGCCGCCCGCGCGACGAGGCACGUCCGAGUCGACCCUCGGGCGUUCACAUCACGCUGAGACGUCCCCCGACCCAACGCAGCGGAAGCCCAUCGCAGCGUGUCUCGAGCACGCAAACCUCCGCGUGCUUGUUCCCCGGAAUAAGCUGCCAGCUUCCCAUCGGACAGCCCCAGCUCCAUAGAUUGACCGAGUCUGUUUGUCUUCCCCUGCGCAAACACGCCCACCGCGCGCCCACCCCCCUCGGCUCCGACCUGGCUGAUCAUCGCUCACCCGGCAUCGCGCGCGCGCGCUUGCGCGUCCCUCUCGCCGCUGGAGAAGUGCGUGGCGGUAACAAGCUUUACGGUGGUAUCCCCAAGGCCCUCGUCGGCCAACCCCACAUCCGCAACCGAUGCGAUCCUCGCGCGGGGCGCGCGCGAUCGUCCAAUAAAUGCCUCAUGCGCGUGUCGCAUUCCGAUCCGAUACGCUCGCCCGCUCGCCCCACCCUUCCUUCGCGCCACGCACCCCGCUCGCCCCCUGGCUCGCCAGGAAUCCGCAUAUCUCGCAAUCUUGCGCUAUCUAGCCGAAUGCGGCGCAACGCCUGGUUCCCAUCCGCGCCUGGCGACCGCGGCAAGCCCCCCUUCUCCACACGCAGACGCACCCCACAGGCAUCCAUCUGGCUUCUGUCGGGCCUGCGGCCCGCGCCCGCGCUCGUCGCCGGGCUCUUAUGCACGCGACGGCGCAGACGUCGAUGCAUCGCACCUGGGUCCUGGAUGGACGGACAGACCUCUUCGGUCACAGCUCUUACUACGCGCCGCGCGCCAUUGGUCGCUCCCCCAGGGCGCCCUCAUUGGCCAGAAGUGCCCUUCCGAGGCUUUGAAUGCCGGCGCGAUUGGCUGGGCGCUGGGCGCAAGGCAGGCCGCCGCGUCGUGGCAAAGAGGCCUCACGCGACGCCCCUCGCCGCUCUGACUCUGCGUCUGAAAUGUCAUUUGGGCCGCCGCGCAGGUGGGCUAUUGCGUCCUUCAGGUCCUGCACCGGGCGCCGAACGCCAAGCCCACGCGCAUACCUUCCCCCAGCGCAGGAAUGGAAUGGGUGGGACUAUCCGGGGCAUUCGGAUCGUCAUUGACUCGAUUGGCAUGCCGGGGGGUGUACGUAUACCGAGUCAGCACGGUCACACACUUGUGCUGUGCGUUAUAGCCUUCGAGGCGUUGUGGAACUCGACGAAGACGAGCCCAUCGUUACACCCGGCCGCUUUGGGCAGAGCCUGCACGGUCGUCUCGCGAGUCGAGUGCGCCCUCGAGCUUAUAUGGCCAAUGGUCAACGACGCCACGACCCACAGCGUCCGUUCCCAGGAUAACAUGUCAUUCUGGGCUCAGCGUAUAGACGGCGACUCCGCCCAUACCGCUUCCCUGCAGCGGUGCACGGUCGAUAACUUUGUGGCGGCCCGCGCGCUGGAACCCUGA